UUGCUACUUUCUAUACUUUAACCAAACUUUGUUGGCUGUAUUCGCGUCUGCACAACAUGGACGAUAUACAGUUCAAUAAGUCGAGUUUUCUCGAGAGCUAUCUGCUCAAGCAUCGCGAUCUGGGCAAGAGGCAGCGCGAGUAUAAGAAGAUACUGUCCAGUAAGUUGAAGACGCGCAAGGAGACCAUCAUCGAGGCCAGCUACGAAAAUGCCAUCACCCAGCUUAUGGAGGAGAAGGAUGACUUGCGUGCUCAAAUCUGGGUGGCCACUGGCGUUACGCACAAAAAAAAGAAUGAUCGUCAUCUGAACCUCAUACGGUGCCACGUUGAUUGCCAGGAGAACCUGACCGAGGACAUUAUGCGGCUCAAGGUCUCCAUAAAUAAUAUGGAGCGCGAGAUAAGUCGGGUGGACAAACAGAUUUACGAUCUCAAUCGCCUUACCGUGCCCGACCAGCAGCAUCAGGCGCAUGUGGCACGUGUGCGCAAGAAGAUGAUGAUACUGGAGAAUUCGCUGGAGGUGGGCGUGCGUCAGGAGUGUGGCUUCACUGCAGCCAAUGCCGACUUGCGCGAGCAGCUCAUACGGAUACUCAACCAUCGCACCUUCUUCAACGAAUCCUACACCAAGAUGGUGCAGAAGCUGAACAGCGAUAAAAAGUAUUUGGUCGAUCUGAUCGAGUAUGCGCUGAACACCUUCGAUGGCUGCAUCGAUGUGUAUGAGAAGAUCGACAACAUUGCGAAGCGUGAGGCCAAGGAGCGCGAAUUGCGAAAAAUUGAGAUGCAGGGCAUUAUGCGAAAGGUGGCGGCCGACGCCGACAAUACAGCCUUCCUCGAAUGCAAAGCCAAGGUGCGCAUACUCGCCGAUCUACAGCCCAAGGAGUACAGACGUCGAGACGAGUUCCGACGCAAGCACAACAAAAAGAUCAAUCUCUACAACUCGGUGCUGCAGAAGAUACUCGACUACACCAACUCGCACAACGUCGAGGAGGUGAUUGAGAAGUUCCAGCAGCAGGAGAGCCUCUACUACUCAUUCUUCAACUACGCCAACGAAAUGAGCUACCACAUUACGCUUCUGAACAACUCCGUGAAUCGUCUGUUCGAGGACAUCAUAAUGCUGAAGCGGGACAAUUCGCACACCCUGCUGGAUCAAUUAGAGUUGAUAUCCAAUUUAGAAGAAGAGGUUAACAAUAAGCAGGCCUCUAAUGUGACGCUGCACAAUGCCCGUGAGCAGAACGACACGCGUCUGGAGAAUCUUCUACAGGGCGUGGAGACGCUCUGCGAAAUGUGCAUGGUCGACUCGACGCCACUGAGCUCUCUCCUCGGCGAUCACACGCACGUCAAUUUGGUGAAUGUGCGACGGUUCCUUAAAAUACUAGAACGUCGCAUUCAGGAACUGACCGCCUGUGUCUACGUGAACGAGCGCCAGGACGAGGGCAACUUUGACUAUGUCGUCAAACAGAUCGAGAAGAUAUGCGAGCUGCCCACCGAUCUGAACGACAUUGUCCUAACCCAGCAGUGUCCGGAGUGCGCCGAAGGCGAGGCGUUCAACAUGGACGAUGGCGGCGAUGGUGUCAUCAUACACACCGUCACCGAGGCCAAGAAGAAACUCUACGAGAAGAUUACUCAGCCGGAGAUGCAAUAUCGACUGCACAGCAUCAGCCAAUGCCGUCUACCCCGAUCUCGAUUGCUGGCUGCCAAGCGCAACAUGUAAUCUUUCCAAUUUCUUUCCAUACCAAUUUUGUUUGUCCACAAUUCCAAAUGCAAAUCUCUGGGGAUAAAUACAUUCAUUUGAAUAUACA